AUGAUCGCGCGGGAAGAGCGGGCGUUCUGCCCCCUAGGCGCCCAGCAGGACGUGCGCGAUGCCCUCGAGGGAGUUCUGUCCGUCGUGCAAAAGGAGAUCGAUGCUCUCCUGCUGCAGCAGAGGCGCCCGUUGACGUUCAGCUCCAGACUGCGCUGCAGGAUUGAAACCCUUGUGGGGUUUCCCCAGGGCUGGAACCCGGUGCUGGACGUCCCCAUAAUAAGAAACACAGGUCGAGGGGCCCAGAUGCUGACCCCUGACGACAUGGGCGAUGUUCAAAUGCGGCUGACCAGGGAGCAGGGCCCUUGCAACGGCCUGCUGGCGGAGAGCCUGAGUUGUGAGUGCGGGUACCGAUACUCAAUCAAGUACACAGACUUCGCAUCUGUUACGCUGCCCCUCCCAGCAGUUGUUGAAGGUGGUGUGGAGAGGGUGCAGGCAGGUGCGUGCCUGGAAGACUGCCUGAUGGCUUUCUGCAAGGACCAAGAAGUUGGACACCUGGUUUGCCCCAGGUGCUCGCUGCAAGCAACAGUCGACGGGGCACCCACCAGGCAACAUUCCUUUGCCAUGGAUGGAGAUCAGCUCUCUGACUGUGAUGAGCAAAGCCCUGCUCCAGCUCGGGUGGGGUGGUUUGGGAGGAUGCUGGACUGGCUGGGUUGGGAGUUGGGGACGGCUGCUGUGGCGAAAACCGUGCCUUCCUCACCCAGCUGCACGUCACUUUGCAGCACCAGCUCAGGGCAGAGCAAAGGACCGGCAAACCAUCUGUCAGACGAGCCAGAGGUGCUGAGCUUCACCAGUCUGCCAUCAUCCACCAGUUCCAACCCAUCGCUGUCAACCUGGUCUGUCGUGGAGACUGGAGCAUGGGCUCAAGAUUGGCGCAAGCUGGUCACAGAUGGCCGCCACCUGGUGGCAUCAAAGAGCCAGCUGUCAUUGGCGAGCUACAGCAGGUCUUCGACGCCAGUGACCAGUUUUCGUGAGAGCCCAACACCCAGCUGCACGUCGUCCUGGGAAGGCUGGCUGGGUACCUACAGGCCAAGCGGUAUGGAAUCGGCCGGCAGCCUGCCCGCUGGUCGCCUGGAUGAGGCAGGCAAGCUGAACGCCAGAAUCGACCUCGAGAAAGAAGGCAUCCAAAAGGCACUGUCGCUGAGUGGAGAUGUGGUCAGCAGGAUCAGGGAGACCCUCAGGGGCGACUCAGGGCUGGAUCACAAUGUAUCACAACUUAAGGAGGAAUUGGAGCAAGGCGGCAUCCCAUGGCGGGAAAAAAGGAGUGUUGCUACUGCCACAACGAAAAUCGGCAGACUGCCACAGGUUCUGCUGAUGAAUCUUCAAAGGCGGACCUCCCUCAAAGACAGUGCCGCAAUGGUGGGAGGCGGGCUUGCUGUCCCGUUGAUUUUGGACAUGUCCAAUUUCGUCCACAUGUCCCAAGCGAAGGGCUCUAUCUACCACCUCGUGGCGAUGGUGAUUCAUGUGGGGGAGCAGGGGACGGGCCAUUAUCUAGCCGCUCGCAGGGUCUUCAUUUCACAGACCGAGAGCACAUGGUUCCUGGCGUCCGAUGAGGACGUGCAGCAGGUGGCAGAAGAAGACGUUCUGUGCCUGGAGCCCUCCAUGGUUCUGUAUGAAAGGGAGAUCAUAGUUUAG